AUGGAGGGAGUAAUCGCAAUUUACUUUGUCGAUGAUCAAGUAAAGGCUGAAGAUUUCAUCAAGGAGGUUACGUAUACUCUUUACUUUAAUGAGGCCGAGUGUGAGGCAAAGUGUGUUUGUGGGUUGUUUGAGAUGCGAGGGGUAAUAUGUAGACAUAUUCUUGCAAUCUUUUCAGCUAAGAAAGUCCGUGAGUUGCAAGAGAAGUACAUAUUAGAUCGGUGGAGGAAAGAUAUAAAACGGGCUUAUACUAUUAUUCCGACCAGUUAUGACGCUGUUGAUCAAAGACCUGAAACUGUUAGGUAUAAACGUAUUUUGAGAACUUUCAAUGAGGUAAUAACAAAUGCAGUUUCGUGUGAUGGGCAUACUGAGGAAAUGAUUUCAAACUUGUAUGCGAUGAAUGAGAGGCGUAGAUUGGACACCAAACCAUUGGAAAGCACUGAAAACCAACUCGGCCUAUCGGAAAUGAGGAUGGAAGAAAAUGUACAAACUCCCAUAAUGGUCAAUGAAGAAAGUGGACAACAUCUAGUGAUGGGGACACAAGAAAGUAUACAACUAGGAAUGGAUGGAACGCAGUCGGAGACGGAAUUUGGAACGCAACCCAGCAGUUUCUAG